CGCGACAGGCUCAUUCACAAGUCGCUACUGAUAAAUGUACAGUCUAUAUUAGUUUGUGGCAAUGAUCAGCGCUCUCAUGAAUUUACCUGAAAUCAUUAAUCUGAAAUACGAACAGUGGUGGUACAGUGACAAUUGGUGUGACAGUCAUUCUCCUCGGUUCGAGCAUCAGCAGAGAUAACAAAAACUUCCUCGAUUUAGCCAGAAAAGAGUUGUUAACCUUCAACGGUUGAGAGAGCCAAGUGAUCGACAUAAGCCUGUAGUUUUGUAACACUUGGACAGAACAGAACAGAAUGGCUACUGUACAGUCAUCGCCGGAUAUGAGUUUAGCAUCCCCGCUACCAGUGAAACAGGAAGCGAGCGAAAUAGACAUCAUGGCGCUGACGAUGGCCGCCCUCAGGCUGGUUAGCCCCUGGUCGGUGGAGAAGAAACCUAAGUGGUCAACGAAAAUCGUACCGGGAGCUCCAGAAGCCAGGGACCGCAUUCUAACUCUGGCAGAGAUCUCCCAUCACGAUACCAGAGACGACUGCUGGGUGGUUAUAUACGACCGUGUUUACGACAUAUCAACUUUCUUGUAUGAGCAUCCUGGUGGAGAUGAGAUAAUGUUGGAGUACGCGGGGCGCGAUGCCAGCACUGCCUUCAGGAGCUCGGGUCAUUCAAAAAUGGCGCUCAAAGCCUUGGAUCGCUUCCUAGUUGGAGAGCUUCCUAUGCACGAAAGAAUGUACCGCAGGCCAGGCGGCAUACGACUCAGCGACAUGCCAGAAUAACAUUAAAUUUAAUUACUAUUAUUAUUAUCAUAACGAGUAGUAUAAAAGAAUUUAGUUGCUAGGCUGAAAGUGUAACCUUACAGACAGUUCGCGCUUUUAUUAUGUAUAUUAUCUGUAUGUCUAUACGUUCGGCGUUAUCUUUAACCUGCGACCAGCAAUUCGGAAAUGAUAAUUCACUUUUAAAAACAUUUAUAUUCCUAUUGUUUCGAGGUACUUACAAUAAUACAAGUUGGAGACAGUUGAUUUUACAGUAUUAUGUACCGAGUGUGUAUUUUUAUGACAUAUGUAUUCCCUAGUUGUUGUUAUGAACGACAAUGUAUUUUUGUAUUUAAAAGUUCCUAUAUAAAUUAUUAAUUAUAAGUUUCUUUAAUAAAUAUAUUAAGGCAAAUAAAAA